AUGGCUUCAUUUGAUUUCCAAUCACUGUUUACGAAUGUUCCCGGUCGGGAGGUCAUACGUAUCAUGUGUGAUCAUGUGGAGCAAAACGAACUGAAAAUCGGUAUACCAGUAUCAGUUCUGGUACGACAAUUACUACUGUGCACAACAAACGUAUCGUUCUCCUUCCUUGGUUGGGCUUACAGACAAAUUGACGGUGUCGCAAUUGGAACUCCAUUGAGCCCCAUUCUGGCACAUAUGUUUUUGGCUCAUCUUGAGGAAAAGGCGAGCAAAAUCCUCGAACGUUCACAACUUUACAAACGAUACGUUGAUCAUGUUCUAGUCAUCACAAUAAGUCUAGAAGAGACAACAUGGAUUAUGGAUAAACUCGAUCGCCUGCAUCCGAAUAUACGAUUUACGAUGGAAACAGAAAUCGAAGAUACACUGCACUUCCUCGACAUUAAAAUGACUAGGAAUAAUGAUGGAACAAUGGCCAGAUCUGUUUACCGAAAAGAAACUUGGACAGGCCAAUGCUUGAAAUUUGACAGCUUUGUGUCUGUGGAAUAUGAACGUGGUCUGGUCCGAACACUAUUUCAAACAGCACGACAUAUCUGCACAGAAGACAUGAUUGACAACGAACUACGACAGCUGAAAGAAUCUUUGACUAGAAACGCUUAUCCCGAUGCGUUUAUCGAAAAGCACAGCAAGCCUAAAUUGAUCAGACAAACGAAUUGUUCAGCAGAAAAACUACUAGUCACCCUUUGUCUUCCAUUCAUACGUGAUGACAUCAAUUGCUUGCUCAAACGACCACUUGGAUCAGCGCUUGCCCAAAACAAAUAUUAUGCACCUGACCUCAGAAUUAUUCAUCGAACGAUUGAGAUCCCCACAACCUCGGUGAAACAACGUCCACCUCUGUACACCAAAUCGAAUCUGAUUUACCAAUUUCAGUGUAGUUGCGGAGCAACCUACGUGGGUCGAACAGAGCGCCAGUUACGUAACCGAGUGAUUGAAUAUAUUCCAAAUUGGGUACAACGUUUUGUGAUGCAAUCGGGGUCAGAUCAAAGGCAUAAUGACAACGUUCGAAACCAUAAGAUCCCGUCGUCGGCUGUCGGCCGUCGGCCGUCGGCCGUCGCUCGUCAUCUUCUGAUGACGCAACAUCCAGCUGACCGAAGCACUGCGUUUCGGGUCAUUUACGUGGCAAAGAAUACCAGGCUUUUGAGACAAAUUGACGGUGUCGCAAUCGGAACUCCAUUGAGCCCCAUUCUGGCACAUCUGUUUUUGGCUCAUCUUGAGGAAAAGGCGAGCAAAAUCCUCGAACGUUCACAACUUUACAAACGAUACGUUGAUCAUGUUCUAGUCAUCACAAUAAGUCUAGAAGAGACAACAUGGAUUAUGGAUAAACUCGAUCGCCUGCAUCCGAAUAUACGAUUUACGAUGGAAACAGAAAUCGAAGAUACACUGCACUUCCUCGACAUUAAAAUGACUAGGAAUAAUGAUGGAACAAUGGCCAGAUCUGUUUACCGAAAAGAAACUUGGACAGGCCAAUGCUUGCAAUUUGACAGCUUUGUGUCUGUGGAAUAUGAACGUGGUCUGGUCCGAACACUAUUUCAAACAGCACGACAUAUCUGCACAGAAGACAUGAUUGACAACGAACUACGACAGCUGAAAGAAUCUUUGACUGGAAACGCUUAUCCCGAUGCGUUUAUCGAAAAGCACAGCAAGCCUAAAUUGAUCAGACAAACGAAUUGUUCAGCAGAAAAACUACUAGUCACCCUUUGUCUUCCAUUCAAACGUGAUGACAUCAAUUGCUUGCUCAAACGACCACUUGGAUCAGCGCUUGCCCAAAACAAAUAUUAUGCACCUGACCUCAGAAUUAUUCAUCGAACGAUUGAGAUCCCCACACCCUCGGUGAAACAACGUCCACCUCUGUACACCAAAUCGAAUCUGAUUUACCAAUUUCAGUGUAGUUGCGGAGCAACCUACGUGGGUCGAACAGAGCGCCAGUUACGUAACCGAGUGAUUGAAUAUAUUCCAAAUUGGGUACAACGUUUUGUGAUGCAAUCGGGGUCAGAUCAAAGGCAUAAUGACAACGUUCGAAACCAUAAGAUCCCGUCGUCGGCUGUCGGCCGUCGGCCGUCGGCCGUCGCUCGUCAUCUUCUGAUGACGCAACAUCCAGCUGACCGAAGCACUGCGUUUCGGGUCAUUUACGUGGCAAAGAAUACCAGGCUUUUGAGACAAAUUGACGGUGUCGCAAUUGGAACUCCAUUGAGCCCCAUUCUGGCACAUAUGUUUUUGGCUCAUCUUGAGGAAAAGGCGAGCAAAAUCCUCGAACGUUCACAACUUUACAAACGAUACGUUGAUCAUGUUCUAGUCAUCACAAUAAGUCUAGAAGAGACAACAUGGAUUAUGGAUAAACUCGAUCGCCUGCAUCCGAAUAUACGAUUUACGAUGGAAACAGAAAUCGAAGAUACACUGCACUUCCUCGACAUUAAAAUGACUAGGAAUAAUGAUGGAACAAUGGCCAGAUCUGUUUACCGAAAAGAAACCUGGACAGGCCAAUGCUUGCAAUUUGACAGCUUUGUGUCUGUGGAAUAUGAACGUGGUCUGGUCCGAACACUAUUUCAAACAGCACGACAUAUCUGCACAGAAGACAUGAUUGACAACGAACUACGACAGCUGAAAGCAUCUUUGACUAGAAACGCUUAUCCCGAUGCGUUUAUCGAAAAGCACAGCAAGCCUAAAUUGAUCAGACAAACGAAUUGUUCAGCAGAAAAACUACUAGUCACCCUUUGUCUUCCAUUCAUACGUGAUGACAUCAAUUGCUUGCUCAAACGACCACUUGGAUCAGCGCUUGCCCAAAACAAAUAUUAUGCACCUGACCUCAGAAUUAUUCAUCGAACGAUUGAGAUCCCCACACCCUCGGUGAAACAACGUCCACCUCUGUACACCAAAUCGAAUCUGAUUUACCAAUUUCAGUGUAGUUGCGGAGCAACGUACGUGGGUCGAACAGAGCGCCAGUUACGUAACCGAGUGAUUGAAUAUAUUCCAAAUUGGGUACAACGUUUUGUGAUGCAAUCGGGGUCAGAUCAAAGGCAUAAUGACAACGUUCGAAACCAUAAGAUCCCGUCGUCGGCUGUCGGCCGUCGGCCGUCGGCCGUCGGCCGUCGCUCGUCAUCUUCUGAUGACGCAACAUCCAGCUGA